CAAAGAAAACUAAGAUAAACUCAUGUAUAUAAGCACUGGGUACUUCAUUCAAUCUAUUACGAACUGUGAUAAUGGAUUUCAGAAAAAUAUUUCUCUUAAUAGUUCUAAGUGUCUUCGCCAUAUUUGGCUCUGAAGCUAGACCAGGGAAAAUACCGAAAGCUGUCAUCAAAAAAGGCGCGAAACUUGGUAAUGGACUCAAAGCAUUGAACGUGGCUAGCACGGUACAUGAUAUCUAUAGCGCAUUACAUCACAAGAAGAAAAAACAUUAAUAUAUUAUAGAAAAGAUAUAUAUUAUAUUAUUAUAAAAUAACUUAGACACAGUAUUUCAUUUCUAAUAAAUUUUAUCUUUA